AUGGAUUCUCCAAUCUGUACAGAGAACAAUCAUGCUCCAUUCAAAGAUCAAAUUGAUGAUGAAACUGUUAUGUUCGACUUGGACAUGAGUGUUGAUGAUGGCAUGCCGGACACACCGCUGAAAAAUGAUGAUAAUGAUUCAGAUACACAGAAAUCUCGAACUAAUCAAUCAGGCAAUUCUUUGUCUGCUUUACCUUCACGGCGUGAGAGUAGAUUGAAAUCAGAGACUGCUUCACGUUCUGCUUCAUUCUCAGGACUUGCUGAUAAUGUUCAUCUGGAGGAUAUUUAUGAAUAUGAUUGGGCAGAUAGUGAUUCUGAAUCUCCAGGUGGAAAACAUGAAAAGGAGUCGUAUAUAGUACAAGAAAUUCUUGCUGAUUAUUUAAAGAUUAAAUCUUUUAAACGUAAAUACCCUGAUCUAACAAGACGUGCAAUGGAUGCUUAUGAACGUUCAUGGUUACAACAAGAAGGCAUUGUUCCUGUUGGUCGUGCAGAUCUUGGCUUAACAGCACUUAAAACAGAUGAUGUUAUGAAGUUAUUACAACAAGAUUAUCCAGAAGUACAUGUUGCACUGACUGAUCUAUUUCGUCGACGAAAGUUUAAGACAACAAUUGAAAAUCAAAAACGUCAAUAUGAAGCUGCUCGUAUUGAACGCGGUGAGGCUCGAGCUGAAGCUGCACGUCGACGAGCUUUAGAUUCAGCUGCUGAUUAUAACCAUCGUCUGAUAACGGAACGUUUGAAUUCCCGACGAUGUUAUUGGAUUUACAAACAAUGCAAAUUCAUAUUCCACAAAGAAACUGUUAUACCUGGUCAAUUUGCUGAAUAUUAUAUGAAUUAUACACCGGAACAAUUGUCCUACCUUCCACUUUCACGUGUCCUAUAUCCACAUCCAUUGCAAAAGCAUAAAAAUCCACCUCCACUGCCGACAACACUUAGAUUCGGAUCAAUUAAACCAAAAGUAGUAGUCAGUACGCCUACACCUGUUGUUGGAGAUGUUGGAGAUCAGUAUUCAACGAGUGUAGAUAAUUCCAGAUUAAUGGAUCCUUCAAAUCAUUAUCAUUAUAAUAAUGGUGAUAAUAAUAAUAAUCAUAUCAUGAAUUCAACAGAUGGUGUUUACCGAAGUGUGCAUCAUACUGAUGGAACAUUUUCGGCUACAGACAAUGGGAAUACUAAUUCAAAUACAUUUUCUACGGAAUCCGAUGUGGAUAAGGCGAAUAGUUCAAUUUAUCGACGAUUUAAAACAAAUGCUGGCGAUAUGAAUACAGAGAAUCCGUGUUGUGUUGUUUGUGGACAGUUGGCUUUAAAUUAUAUACGUUGUUCUGAGUGUAAACUAAUUGGACAUCCGAAAUGUUUAGAUAUCCCUGAUUCUAUGAUACCAGGUGUGAAAAGUUAUGCUUGGACCUGCUUGGAAUGCAAACGUUGUGUCGAGUGUAAUGAUUCUGGUCAAGAGGAUCAAAUGAUGUUCUGUGAUCGUUGUGAUCGUGGCUAUCAUGCAUUUUGUGUUGGUCUAGGUCGAAUCCCAAAUGGAAAAUGGGAAUGUCUACUGUGUGAAGCAUUACCAACACCAGCAAAGAAAGGUCGACCUAGGAAAUAUGCUCCUAAAGAUAUGGAUGAUUUACCCUGGGGAUAUAAUGUAAGAAAACCGUGUAAACCAAAAGUGAAGACUAUCACGAAUUUUUCUCGACCAAAACCAGUGUAUGAUAUGAAAGAUACGCCUGUAAGACUGCUUGCACCUGCUUCACAUAACAUUCUUCCCUCACCAGCAGCUGGAGGAGUAGGGGGAGGAGGUAAUAAUAGUGGUAAUAUAGAAGUCCCUAAACGUCGUAGAGGUCGACCACCGAAGAAAAAUCGUAUCAUACCAACUUUUCAAACUCCAAUUUCACCGUAUAUUCCAAAUCCGAGUAGUUUUACUCCAACAGCUUCAGAGGUAUCAGCCUCUUUGUCAACUGCUCCAUCGAUACCACCACCUGGAAAUGAGUCGCAUACCAACACCUAUCCUGCUACUACUACUACUACUUCUACUGCUACGGUUAGUAGUACUAUCGCUCCUGAAAAUGAAAUACCGUGUAAUGAUAAAAUUUCCAAUUCUCAGAGAAAACAGAAGAAUCCACUUCAGAUUCUACUCCCGUUCAAAUCACUGAACGGGAUAAAGUUACUGUAA